UUAUGCCAUCUACCGUGAUUGUAACCGCAAUAGGAACGUUGAGAGAUUGUGGUUAUGUCAGGUUAUGUUUUCAUAAGCAUAUCUUUCCAAUUGUUUCACCAUCAAAGUAUAUAAUAAAAAUUGAUAAGAAAUGAAUUUUCUCAGUAGACAGUAUUUCAGGAUUUUUCAGAGCAACGUAAAGAAUCAGAAUGCAUUGUGCAAUUUCUGCAGAGCUUUCAGUUUUAAAAGUGAGAUAUCGUUGGAGAAAUUUUAUCCGGAAAGCAAGCUGAAACUGCAUACACCAAGCUUUGUGCCAGAUCCUAAAGCAAAAUUUAGUGGUUACAUACCCAUGGACAAAAUAAAAAUAACAUACAGCGCUAGCAGUGGGCCUGGGGGACAAAAUGUAAACUGUGUAAAUACCAAAGUAGACUUAAGAUUCCAAGUAAGCAGUGCUACCUGGUUGUCGCAAGAAGUUCGAACAAAAUUAGCAGAACAGUGUAAAAACAAGAUAAACAAAGAUGGAUACUUGAUAAUCAAGUCAGAUUUAACGAGAUCUCAACAUUUAAACUUGGCGGAUGCUCUUGAAAAGUUACGAACAAUGAUAAGGGCUAGUUUAGUAGAACCAUCAGAACCAUCGCCUGAAUCGUUAGAGAAAAAGAGGAAAAAUCUGCUCAAAGCUGCUAGGGAGAGACUUCACGAGAAGAGAAUUCGUUCGCAAAUUAAACAGAGCAGAAAAGUUCCUACGUUUGACUUUUAAAUCGAUUAAUUUUAUACAAUCAGUUGAUUAAGUUACUUAUCAAAUAUUGUACAGUUAUACAUAGAAAUAAACUAUAAAUAAAGUAAAAAAAAA